CUCGCCUCCUCCCAACAGGAGCCAAUGGGAGGCUGAGGCCCCGCCCUCCUCCAGGAGAGUAUUUAGAAGCUGACCAGGGAAGCACUCGGAGAGCUGGGGAAGCCGGACCAGGGAGUACUGUGGGGAAGCCUGGCCCCAGAUCCAGACCUGGAGCCAGGGAGCAGGGGCCGUUGGUGUGCGGGGCGGAGCCCACAGCCAGCAAAAGUGGGUGAGUCCCUGUGCUGGGUCCCUCACUGAGCUGCCCCAGUCCCAGCCGCAGCAGGCACCACUAUGGCCUGGCUGGUGCUGCUGGGUGCACUGCUGUGCCUUCCGCGCGUCGGGGUGGGCAGCCUGGGCGUGGAGGGCUUUGUGCCCUCCGCGCCCCAUAACUGCCCCUACAAAUGUGUGUGUGCCGCCGACCUGCUGAGCUGCACGGGCCUGGGGCUGCAGGAUGUGCCGGCUGCGCUGCCGGCUGCUGCCACAGACCUUGACCUAAGCCACAACGCCCUCCAGCGCCUGCGCCCCGGGUGGCUGACGCCCCUCGCCCGACUGCGCACCUUGCACCUGGGCCACAACGAGCUGGAUGUGCUAGGUCGCGGAGUCUUCACCAAUGCUAGUGGCCUGCGGCUGCUUGACUUAUCAUCUAACGAGCUGCGGGUGCUGGGACGCCACGACCUCGAAGGGCUGGGGGCGCUAGAGAGGCUGCUCCUGUUCAAUAACCGACUGGCGCACUUGGACGAGCACGCAUUCUGGGGCCUGAGCGCACUCAGCGCGCUCUACCUGGGCUGCAACGAGCUCUCCUCCUUCUCUUUCCACCACCUCCACGGCCUGGGUGCCACCCACCUUCGUACACUGGACCUCUCCUCCAACCACCUGGGCCGCGUCCCCGCCACUGCCCUGGCCGCCCUGCCGGCCUUUCUCAAGAACGGCCUUUACUUACACAACAACCCCCUGCCCUGCGACUGCCGCCUUUACCAGCUGCUGCGGCGCUGGCGCCAGCGGGGCCUCAGCGCCGUCAGUGACUUUGCCAGGGAAUACACGUGCCUGGCUUUCAAGGUGCCUGCGUCCCGCGUGCGCUUCUUUGAGCACAGUCGGGUCUUCGAGAACUGCUCAACCGCCCUGGCUCAGGGCCUGGAGCGGCCGGAGGAGCAGCUGCACGUGCAGAUGGGUCGGUCCCUGAGGCUAAGCUGCAACACCAGCAUCCCUGCUCUGCGCGUCGCAUGGGUGUCCCCAAAGCAGGAGCUGCUGGUGGCCCCAGGGUCCCAAGACGGCAGCAUCGCUGUGCUGGCAGACGGCAGCUUGGCCAUCAGCAACGUGCAGCCAUGGCACGAGGGACUCUUCGUGUGCCUGGCCGUGGGGUCCCACUUGCACCACAACCAGACGCACGAGUACAACGUGAGCGUGCACUCCCCGCGCCCCGAGCCCGAGGCUUUCAACACAGGCUUCACCACCCUCCUGGGAUGCGCCGUGGGCUUGGUGCUCGUGCUGCUCUAUCUGUUCGCACCGCCCUGCCCUGGCUGCCGUCGCUGCUACCGCCGCACCUGCCGCUGCUGCCGCCGCCGGUGGCCCCAGGCACCCAGUCCCCUCCGGGACCUGAGCGCGCAGUCCUCCUCAGUGCUCAGCACCACCCCACCCGAUGCGCCCAGCCGCAAGGCCAGUGUCCACAAGCAUGUGGUCUUUCUGGAGCCUGGCAAGAGGGGCCUCAAUGGGCGUGUGCAGCUGGCCGUAGCCGAGGACUUUGAUCUCUACAAUCCCAUGGGCCUGCGGCUCCAGGCUGGCUCUGACUCCGCUAGCUCCACGGGCUCUGAGGGUCUGGUGAUGACCUAGGCUGCCCUGGGCUCAGAGCCAGGCCACCAACCACCCACCGCUUGCCCUGCUCCCUGCUGCCGCCUGGAAAACUGCCAGUUGCUAGUGGGAGCGCUGGGCUUAGUCCUCCAGCCUCCCGUGUGGCCUCGACCUCAACUACAUCAGCCCCACUCACUGAAGGAAGGGCUGGGCUCCCUAUCCUGUCUCCUGCUCUGCUCUCACACAGGGCCCAAAGGCCAAAGGCCCUCACCUGCUGGUGCCCAAAGGUCGCACAAGGCCUGGAACUGGGGCCAUCUGGAAGAGCCCUUGCGUUAGAGCCCAAGGCACACCCUUAGGGGCCGAGAAGCUAUCACGCAGUCAUGGCGAAGAAAUGAAACAUAACCAUCUCCCCCUUCCCAACAGGACAGGAAGAGAGUGGGCCCAUAGGGGAGAAGGAGCACUCCAAAGACCUAGACCCCCACCCAGAGCGGAAGGAGGAGACACGUACCAACAUCCAACCUCCUUCAAGCUUCACAACUCCAUGCAGUCUGGUGAGCAGACAGAAAGCAGGCAAGGCUCUUCAAGAGCCCCCCAGUGGGCCUGGCCUGAGCCCCAGCCACAGCAGCCCCUCCAUCUCCGGCCAGAGACAUCCACAGGCCAUUCUGAGGACAGGGCCUCCUCCCAUGGGCUCACCAGACAGCAAUAAGGGGCACCAUGGCCUGUCCCCCAGCUUUUCAGCAGUAAAAAGCCUGCUGAGCAUGGCCAAGAUGGGAGGGCUGAGCUGGAACUCGCUGUCCCUGGAGGGUAGAAGCCUCUUAAGGGCUGGCACUGGUCUCGGUGUAGUGGCUGCGGCAGUGCCCUGGUCUUAUACGCAUCUUACCACCCACCGCAGGGAGUCAGGGAAGAGGGAUCUGGAACCCCUCCUGUGUGUGUGUUGAGCUGGGGGCUCCUACAAGCAUCCAGGAUCCAGUUGUCAUGGAGUUCCUUAAUAAAGGCGGUACAUGCUCAUUACC